AUGCUGCGCCACCUUCGAUCUCACGUCGAGGAAAAACAACACAUUUGUAAAAACUGUGAUAAAUCUUUUGGAAGAAGGUCAGACUUGAUGGAACACGAGAAAUUUGCCUGCAGAGGAAAAGUUCCACCAAAAAAACCAAAAAUAGUUCCCCAAGAGAAUGAAUCACCAUUCAUCGAGGUCGAGAAGGCUUUGAAAAACAGAAUCAAAACGUUUGUAGCUCAACCAGACUCUAGCGAUCACGAUACAGUGUUGAAGAAAUUAAAACUUGCAAUAGUGGAAAAGAUUCAAUUUAUUCUACUCACCUACUCAGCUGUUAAGUUUAACAUCUUUGUUGAAUCUGAAUUCGCAAAAAUAGCUGAGGAUAAUUGUCAACGGAGUUUUAAAACGAAAAACAUAAUCGUUUAUAAAACUACUGAUUUAAAUCCUAUUCUUGAAGAUGCGUUUGAGAAUUUGAGAACGGAAAAAAGUGAAUGUGAAAUGAAGAAAUCGGGAUGGACCUUUAGUAAGGUGAAACGAGUUGAGCUGAGGAUCAACCGAUACAACCCUUUGCGAGGCUCACGUCACAUUCAACUUCCUAAACGAAUUUCUGAUAGGAAAGCUGUGAUAAACAUUAGAAAUUCUGAUGACUUUUGUUUCAAGUACGCGAUCCUGUCAAAACAUGUCACCAACGAACCCUGGAUAGUGUCCCAAUACAUAAAUAACAAAGAACUUGAAGAUAAAUAUGAUUGGAACUGUAUUUCAUUCCCAGUAAAACUUGAUGAGAUCAAACAAUUCGAAAGAGCAAACAGUGUGUCUGUUAAUGUGUUUGGACUUACUGAACAGGCUGACGUUUACCCGUUAAAAGUGUGUGAAGAAGAGAAAAGAAACCAUUUCGAUUUACUGUACGUCACAGAUUUAAAUACAUCACAUUAUUGUCUGAUAACGGAUUUUAAUAGAUUAGUUCAUUCCCAAUUUACAAACAAUCACAAUAAAAUCAAGGUCUGUAAGCGUUGUUUUGCUCAUUUCAACGAUUUCUACGACAAAACUGCUGAGGAAAAAUUGAUUGCUCAUCAACUUGAAUGUCCGAAAGUUCAGCGAUGUGAAUUUCCAUCCUACGACACCAUUUCGUUUAAAAAUGACCAUCGUUCAAAGAAAGUUAGGUUUGUGAUAUAUGCUGACUUUGAAACACUCCUGCAGCCAGUUCAUGCUUGUGAUGGUGACCCGGAAAAGUCUUGGACAAGUGCAUAUCAACAUCAUACGCCUUACAGCUACGCAUACUUGUUGAAAGACUCUGAGGAUCAGCACACACAACUGCGAGUGUAUCAAGGACAGGACGCUGCCAAACAUUUUGUAAAAAGCAUGAACGAUGAUAUACAAUUCAUAGACAAGAUUUUGUUCGGUGACAAGAAGCUUCAAGUACCUAAGCUUACGCAGAAGGAACAGGAAGACUUCGAUGCUGCUACUGCCUGCCACAUUUGUAAAAAAGGAAACUUUACCCAGGAAAACUGCAGGGUAAGAAAUCAUUGUCAUAUCAGUGGGAAAUAUCUUGGAGUCGCCCAUAGACACUGCAAUCUGUUUUAUCAAGAUCAACAUUUUGUGCCCUGCUUUAUCCACAACCUGUCAGGAUACGACUCUCAUUUUAUAGUCAGAGAACUGGGCUAUGACACAAAUGAAAUUAAAGUUAUACCCAACACUGAAGAAAAAUACAUCUCAUUUUCAAAAAUGGUUAAAGUGAAACAUGCCAAAAAUAAUGUGAUGGAAUUGAGAUUUUUAGAUUCCUAUAGAUUUAUGCAGGAUAGUCUGAGCAACUUGGCAAAUAACCUACCAAAACCUGAUUUUAUUGAAACAAAAAGAAAUUUUCCUGAAAAUACCGAACUGCUUACAAAAAAAGGGGUAUUCUGCUACGACUACAUGACUGCAUUCGAAAAACUUGAAGAAAGACAACUUCCACCAAAGUCUGCAUUUUACAGUAGACUAAGUGAAGAGGAGAUAAGCGAUGAAGACUACAGUCAUGCGGAAAACGUGUGGAAAAUUUUCAAUAUAAAAACAUUAGGAGAGUAUUCUGACCUGUACGUAAAAUGUGAUGUCUUGAUUCUGUGUGAUGCCUUUGAAAAUUUCCGCAAAACCUGUCUAUUGACAUACAACUUAGACCCUGCCUACUACUUUACAACACCAGGACUGGCAUGGGAUGCAAUGUUGAAAUAUACAGACAUUCAGCUCGAAAUCAUUAAGGACAUGGACAUGUUUUUGAUGGUUGAGAAGGGAAUUCGAGGCGGAAUCACACAGUGUAUCAAACGUCACGCCGUAGCCAACAACAAGUAUAUAUAA